AUGUUCAUUCGUUAUACACACUUUGGUGUUGGCCAUCCAGUGAUGCUGCGGAGGAUAGCCAGAGACUGCGAAUCCGUGGCACUCGGAGGUGUUGUGGGCGGUGUGACCAGUACUAACGAGACAGACUCGGACAUGGGCCAUGACGAGAAUGGUCACCAUGACACGGAGGAUGAUGAGGAUGACUCGGGCUCGGACUCGGACUCGGGGGAAAUAAGUGAUGAAGAGUUUAGUGACGAGGAUCUGGAGCUUGACCAUGUUGAAGACAUUGAUGGAGAUGAGGCCGAGGACGAGUUUGAUGACCUUCUGUCUUUUUAG